UUCCUCAAUUUUUGUGCAUCCAUGGAGGACCCAGUUGCUCCUUCACAAUCCGCAGAACAACCCCCAAAUCCCACAACGAGCACGCCACUACCACCAGCACCGGUUGUGGCCCAAUCUCAGUCCCAAACGCGCUCAGAAGAGACCCAUGACAGCCUGAAGUCGUCUGUAGAGGAUUUAUGGUAUCUAAAGGAGAUUUGGUUCCCUGGAGGAGAGAAUGGGCAGAUGAGGCCGUAUAAGAUUAUUACCCAGAACUUCAACGGACCUUGUUCAUUUAUCGCUAUUUGCAAUAUUCUUAUUCUGCGAGGCAACAUUGAAAUCUUGCCCGCAAGUCGUACUACUGUAUCCUACGAAUUCCUCUCACAACUGGUAGCCGAGUAUCUGCUACUCAACGCUCCUGACGUUGAUAUAUCUAUGGCACUCACCAUGAUGCCUCUCACUACUAAGGGCAUGGAUCUAAAUCCAUUAUUCACAUCGCCGACCUCCUUCCGACCUUCGACCUCUCUUUCAUCGCUAUCCUUAUCUACACCCUCGUCUUCUUCCUCGUCUUCACCGUCUUCCGAUGGUGCUCUCGAACUCUUCUCUCAUGCCGGAAUCAAGCUCGUACAUGGCUGGCUCGUCGACCCUGACACAUCGGAAUACGAAACAAUCAAGCGCCUAGAAGACUAUGACUCUGCGGUCAAUCUAAUCGUGGAAGCGGACGUGCUGAUGCAGGGGCAGUUAGUUGUGUCUGAAGAGGCGUUAGAGGGGCAGGCAAGUGGGAGCAGUGGCCCGAGUGGAAGUUCACACUUAGGAGAGAGCGAUAGGAAGAAAGUACAAGAUGCUGUCCAAGCUCGUGCAUUCCUCGACAGCACGCAAUCUCAGCUGACCUACCAUGGCCUCUUCACCCUCGCCUCAAACUCCUCAUCAUCAUCAUCAUCAUCCACGGUUCCACAGUCAUCGUCCCAUUCCACCAACCCAUUUACCAGCGCCUCGUCCGAGCCAGGACCUUCAACUAAUCCCUUCGUCGUGCCAUCUACUUCAUCCGCGUCCAACCCUUUCCGCGAAUAUGAUACUCAGCAAGAGGACACAAUCCCACCAAACACACUCGUCGCUCUUUUCCGCAACUCUCACCUCUCCGUCCUCUAUAAGCACGCCCCAUCCUCUCCUCCCCCUUCCCGCCCAUCCCCCGCUUCCUCGUCAGACCUCUUCGCCUCGCACGUCAAAGCCGGCUCAUCACCCUCCGCACCAUCGCAUCUCGCCCUUGCACAACCAUCAACCCAGACCCAAGGAGAAGGCGACAGGCCAUCGGCAUUGUACACGCUCGUGACGGACCAAGUGUUCUUACAUGAGCCGUCUGUGGUCUGGGAGAAACUGGAGGACGUUGAUCAGGGUGCGGCGGAGUUUGUGGAUGCGGAGUUUAGGAGGAGUGUGCCUAUGGGUGGGGAUUGGGCCGGUGUGCGAUGGGAGGACGAAGGUGCUUCUGGAGGUACCAACCGUGGCCGUCAGGAGCAAGAAGGCGCAGAUCCGGACCCAGAUCGUGCGCUGGCAAGACAGCUUCAAGAAGAGGAAGAUGCGUAUGCAAGGCAGGUACAGGCGCGUAGGCGGCAUCAGCAGCAGGAAGCUGAAAGACAACAGCAACUGGAGAGGGAGUGGCAGCAGCAGUACGCGCAGAGGCGUGCUCAGCAGGGUGGGCGAGGAGAAGAGGGCGGGAAGAAGAAGAAGGACUGUGUUAUUAUGUGAGAACCGAUAUAUUGACUCGUUGCGAUUGAUUCUCGGAGCAAAGGCAGGGAAGGAUAAUAUGGAUUGGUAUUUUCUCUCUUUUGGGGUGCGAUUCUGAAGGAACUUGCAGGCGUGUGGUGCGUGAAAUCACCGUACAUAGAGCACUACCAUACAAUAUCUCAAUUUUUGUAUCUUACUGGAAUACUAUGAACAUCCU